GCGCUUUUAGUGUCACGCGGAUUUGCUCACGCACGCGGGAUUGGACCGCAUGCGUAGCAUCCGCAAAGAACAAUUUCAUAUAGGUAUCUAUUGUAAAGCGUGAUAAACGCACGCGGGACGCGGGGCGCUGUGCGGGGCGUCACCCCGGUGCGGGGUAUCCGCAUGCGUAAGCGCUGCCUACAACUUCAGUGCCCAUUUUAGAGUCGAGCGGGGCGCACGCGCCGUAUUGUACUACCGAAAUGAAAAUCGAUACAGAACGAGUAAUCAUUGAAGUUCAUCUGCGGCCCGUUUUGUGGGAUAAACGCAAUGAAUUAUACAAAAACAGGGACGCGAGGGAGGCUGCAUGGAGAGAUAUUUUGAAGGAAUUGGCACCUAACUACGAAAAUUUGAGCGAAGAGGAAAGAAAAGAGGCGGACAAGAAAAUACAACAACGCUGGCGAACAGCAAGGGACACUUACCAGAAAGACAAGAUAUCUGAAAAAAAUCAGCCAUCCGGCUCUGGGAGUAAGAAGAAGAAGAAGAAAUAUUCUUACUAUGACAUUUUGACUUUCUUAGACAGUACAACGGAAACUGCUGGAGAAGAGUCACUCUGUGAAGAAAUGUCUGAACAAAGUAAUUUAGAAACACCUAAUGAGUCCACGCAACCAGAUACUUCACGUCAAGAAAGUUCUCACCCAACAUCAAAACAAAAACAAGUAAAAUCUAAAAAGCAAGCACCAUCUGAAUUUGAGGCACAGUUAUUAGAAUGCUUAAAGUCUAAUCAACUGGAGCUAGAAAGUGAGGAUUUGGCUUUCUUUCAGUCUCUGCAGCCUUCAUUAAAAAGAUUCACUAGAUAUCAAAAACUAAUGUACAGAACAAAAGUGUUAAAUAUAGUUAUGGAAAUGGAAAGUCAAACACAACCUGCAUACUACAGUCCCAUACCUACAACAAGUUCUAGUGCUUUUACUGAGCUUGACAGUUUGUCACCGAUAAAUUGUCACCAAACCAAUAGUAUAAUCCAGGAUACUUCGAGUCUUAACGACAAUGCUAUUAGUUCUGCUGCAGUGAAUGACAAUGAAACUCUUAUUUCGACUGAAAGCGGCCUGUUUAAUAUCACGUCUUAUGACGUAAUUUAUACCCCAGCAACAACAUCAUCUACAGGCGAAAGUAAUGUCAACGCUCAGGAUACAAAUUUACAAAGAAAUGAAUGAUGUAAAAUUUGAUUUUUUAAUUUAUGAAUAAAACUCUUUUUAUUAAAAUGA